AGGCUCAAGGAUUCGAAUCCUUGGCCCAUGGCCGCCUUUAGCGGGCGCUGCGAUGGCCGGAUCUUCGCGACCGUUUUGGCGAGCCCGGCCAAGACGGGCGCGAGGCGAAGCCUGAGGCCGUCGGGGUGGUCCUCGUCCUUGGCCCUCGCCUUCUGCGCGGCGCCCGCGGCCCUUGGCCGGCGGUCCUUCGUCGGCGCGGGCCUCGGCGCGGGCCUCGGCGCGCGCGCGGCGGCAUCGCGCACAGUGGGCCGCCGCGGCCGCGCCGCAGGGCGGCGGCUGGCGUUGCGCGCGGAGCUUCUGCGAGAGGGCUUAGGCAACCUGAGCUUGGAGCAACAGCUGCCGUCAGAUGAGGACUCCGUGCUUGAGCUGAUUGCGCGUGAAGGUGUUGACGCAGUCGCGCCCACGCUUGAGCAGCUACUGGCGGACGGGGCGCUGCGCGCCGCCUUGGCAGUCUACCAAAGGUGGUGCGUGGAGCAAAGGACUCCCGUCUCCCUCUUCCUGCGAGGGCAGGUACUGCAGAUCCUCGGGGAGUUUUCGCAGUUCGAUUUUGCCGUCCAGCACGUCAAGGACCUGCUGGAUGAGGGUGCGCUGGAUCUGGAGUCUGCCUCAGAGAUGUUCAACAGGAUACUCUCUGGGCUGGUGCAGUCCAAGCACCCCCUCAGCUCCGAACGGGCCGACUUGAUCUUCAAGGAGAUCUUCGCCUUGGACCUGGUGAACGACGAGGCCCUGCGCUUGCUGGUGGAGGCCAAGACGCACAUGGCGUCCCCCAACUUCCUCAUCGAGGUGAGCCAAACCCUGGCGGAGGCCUGGCGAUGUUUGCGUGGCCCGCCGGGGGGCCAGUGCCUGCUGGCGGUGAGCAGCGCCAUGCUGCGGGGCGGCAACCUGGAGGCGGCCUACCUGUGGUUCCUGGCGAGUCAGAAUGUCCGGCCGCGCUUGGAGCUGGUGGCACCACAGGACCUGGAGCUGGUGUCGCAGCUGGCGCGGGGCCUGGCGAUCUCCGGCCGCGCCCGGGAGCUGCUGCGGCUGCUGCGCCGCGUCCAGCAGGACGGGGGGCGGCUGCCGAAGUCCACGGGCGCCAUGGCGCUCGCCGGCUACGCCUGCGGCCGCACGCUGGGCACCGUGUGGCUGGAGCCCCCGGCCAGCUUCCUGCGGCGCCGCGCCACCUACGCGUCGAGCCGGGCAGAGGGUGUGGCGGUGGCCUGUGCCGAGCAGUGGGAGUGGAAGCGCCUGGAGACCUCUCGCCCUGAGAUGUACCAGUGGUACCCCUACCUCUCCCCGGACUGCAAGCUGGAGCGCGCCUGGCUGUCGCCGCUGCGAAGCUUCGACCGCGCGGCGCUGGGCCUCGCGGAGAUGUCCCCCGCGCGCGCGGCGGCGAGGGAGCGGCUGCGCGACGCCGAGCCGCCGGAGGCGGAUCUGACCUCGGCCCUCUGCAACGAGCCGUCCCAAAGCCGGCGCGGGGCCGGGCGCGGCCAUGGCCGCGCCAAGGCGCGGCCCGUGCUGCGCGCGCCAGAGGCCUCCACCUGGCGGAAGCUGCAUGCGGACGUGGUGAAGAAGGCCUUCCCCACCUCUGCGAGGUACAAAUUUCGGAGCCCCGAGGAGCUCAGGCAGGUGCUGCUGGCGGAGAAGUCGACUCGGCUCAUGCUGGGCGCCAAAGAGAAGUCCGCUGCUCCCUUGCCCUCCGAGAUCAAGGCAAUGGUGGACGAAGUCCCGGAUGAGUUGCUGCUUCGCUUGAGAAGCCUCAAGGUGUCAGAGCUCACUUCAGCGGAGCAGCUGGAGCUGAUGCAGGAGCUGCAGGAUGCCUCCGGCCACACCAGCAGUGUGCCUUUGCGAGCGUCCAAUGUGAAGGAGAUGGUGCAGCUUGCCGUCGAGUUUGCCACUGACACAAGGGCUGAUGUUCCCUUGUCAGACGAGGAGUACCGCGAGCUGGUGCGGGGCAUGUCAGAGGAAGAGCUGCUAGAAGCCUUCCAGAGCGUGCGCCCGCGGGGCAUGCAGCACAUUCUGGGGUCCGAGCUGAGUGCGGAUCUUGAGGCGGCGCUGCAGGCGGAGCUGUUGGAGGACCAGGCCGUGGCCGGCAGCGCCGAAGACGAGCUGCGCCUGGCCUUGGAGAUCCUGGAAUCUCUACAGCAGCUGGGGUUGGAGCCCUCCGCGGCGGACCGCCGCGCCCUGCUCUGCGCCGCCCACGAGCUGGGCGACCCACAGCUGGCGGCGCAGGUGCUGGAUUGCGUCUCUGAGGGGGUGAAGCCGCAGAAGGAGCCUGGGCUGGGCCCGCAGGGCGAGAGGCUGGUGCAGAUGUACGUGGUCAAGCGCGAUGGAAACAAGCAGGAGGUGAAGUUCGAUUCGAUCACCCGGCGUAUUCAGCAGCUUUGUGAGGGCUUGGAUAGCGAGUACAUUGAUCCGGUGCCGGUCACGCAAAAGGUCAUUGAAGGCUUCUACAAUGGCAUCUCCACGGCCGAAGUGGACACCUUAGCCGCGGAGACCUGUGCUUACAUGUCCCAGAAGCAUCCGGACUUCUCGAUCCUCGCGGCGCGCAUCGCGGUGUCCAACCUCCACAAGAACACCUCGGACUCCUUCGCCGAGACCUGCCGGGCGCUCUUCGAGUACAAGGACCAGCAGGGGAGGUCCGCCGCGCUGCUGGCGGAGGAGGUCUAUGACUUUGUGCGCUCGAAUGCCUCGAAGUUGGAUGAAGCCGUAGACUACAAGCGGGACUUCGGCUACGACUACUUUGGCUUCAAAACCCUCGAGAAGUCCUACCUCCUCCGGGUGCAUGGACAGAUCGUGGAACGGCCCCAGCACAUGAUUAUGCGCGCAGCCUGCGGCAUCCACUGCGGAGACCUCCGCGCGACUUUGGAGACCUACGACCUGAUGUCGCGGAAGUUCUUCACGCACGCCACCCCCACGCUCUUCAACGCAGGCACGCCGCGGCCCCAGAUGUCCUCCUGCUUCCUCCUGAAGGUGCAGUCCGACAGCAUCGAGGGCAUCUACGACACCUUGAAGAGCUGUGCCUUGAUCUCCAAGAGUGCCGGGGGCAUCGGCGUGGCGGUGUCGAACGUGCGCGCCGGGGGGUCCUACAUCCGCGGCACCAACGGCCACAGCAACGGCCUGGUGCCCAUGCUCCGGAAUUUCAAUGAGACAGCCAGGUAUGUGGACCAGGGCGGGGGCAAGCGCAAGGGCUCCUUCGCCAUGUACUUGGAGCCCUGGCACGCCGACGUCUUCGACUUUUUGGAGCUGCGGAAGAACCACGGCAAGGAGGAGCAGCGCGCCCGGGAUCUCUUUCUGGGGCUUUGGAUUCCGGACCUCUUCAUGAAACGCGUGAAGGAGAACAAGGACUGGACGCUCUUCUGCCCCAACGAGGCCUUCGAUGCGAGCGGGAAGACGCUGAUGGAUCUCUGGGGCGAGGAGUUCGAGCAGCUCUAUUGCCGCCUGGAGGCUGAGGGCAAGGGCCGCAAGACGGUGAAGGCCCAGCAGCUCUGGUUCAGAAUCCUCGAGGCUCAGAUGGAGACAGGGACUCCCUACAUGCUGUAUAAGGACGCUUGCAAUCGCAAGUCCAACCAGCAGAACUUGGGCACCAUCCAUUGCUCGAACCUCUGCACCGAGAUUGUGGAGUACACCUCCCCGGACGAAAUCGCGGUUUGCAACCUCGCCUCCAUUGCUUUGCCCUCCUUCGCAAGCUCCGACGGAGCAGCCUUUGACUUUCAAAGACUGUACGAGGUGACCAAGGUGGUGACGAAGAACCUGAACAAGGUCAUCGACCGCAACUACUAUCCCGUGGAGGAGGCCCGCAGGUCCAACAUGAGGCACCGCCCUGUGGGCCUGGGGGUGCAAGGUCUGGCGGACGCCUUCCUGAUGAUGAAGCUGCCCUUUGAGAGCCGAGAGGCCAAGAAGCUCAACGAGGGGAUCUUCGAGACGAUCUACUUUGCCGCCUGCGAAGCCUCCUGCGAGCUCGCGGAGGUGCAGGGGCCCUAUGAGACCUACGCGGGCAGCCCCGCCAGCAAGGGUCUGCUGCAGUUCGACCUGUGGCAAAAGGCGCCUGGGACUGGGCGCUGGGACUGGACCGCGCUGAAGGCGCGGAUCGCCCAGCACGGCCUGCGGAACUCCCUGCUGGUGGCGCCCAUGCCCACGGCCAGCACCGCGCAGAUCCUGGGCAACAACGAGUCCUUCGAGCCCUACACGCAGAACUUGUACGUGCGCCGGGUCCUGUCCGGUGAAUUCGUGCAGGUGAAUCGGCACCUUCUGAAAGACCUCAUCGCCCGGAAGCUUUGGAACGACGAGCUGCGCAUGAAGCUCAUCGCACACAACGGCUCUGUGCAGAGGCUGGACUUGCCUGAGGACUUGAAGGACCUCUACAAGACAGUUUGGGAGAUCAAGCAGAAGGUGGUGCUGGACAUGGCGGCCGACCGGGGCGCCUACAUCGACCAGAGUCAGUCUCUGAACAUCCACAUGGUGGACGUGACCACGGCCAAGCUGUCCUCCAUGCACUUCCAUGGCUGGCAGCUGGGCCUCAAAACUGGGCUCUACUACCUCCGCACCAAGGCGGCGGCGGACGCGAUCAAAUUCACCGUGGAUGUGAGCACUGCGAAGAGUGGCUCAGACUCUGAGGCGACGAAGUCGGCCAUCGAGUCGCUGAAGGCUGAAGGGCCAAAGUAUGCCUGCGUCGGCUGCAGCGCCUAGAUUUUUCGGACACCUUUCAGCCCGGAAGGGAAGGACGGCGAAAGGAUGGAUCCCCGUACUUGGGAGCAUUGCCAACCAGAUCCGUCAAAAUUGGCAGGUUGUUGCCAACUGGCGGUGGGCACUGAUGUGCACGAAUUCAAGAGAGCUCAUGUGCAACACAUGAUGCCGGAGGGAAGCCAAUGAUGGGUUCAGCAAGGCUUUCAGUGACACUCACUGUGCUGCCUUGCGCGCACCUUGUGCGCAAGUCACAUUUUCUGGGGAAGGUGGAUAAGGUGCCACCAGGACUGCCGAGCAGGCAAACGCGAACGCACGGUUUUGGGGUCAACAAAGUUUGGCGCGGAUUGGACGCGAGGCAGAUCCAUGUGCGGCAUGUUGCGG